AAAUUAGUAAUAAAGGAAACGGAGAGCGAGAGCGCGCGACAAAGAGCGAGAGCGAGAGCGCUUCAAGAUCUCCGCGCUUGCGAUCCAACUACUGAAUCCACGGAAAGCUUCUUCCCUCCUCUCUUCCGCGGACAAAGUCUACGUUUUCUCAGCUCCGUCUCUCUCUAUUUCUUUGCUUUCUCUUCUUCUUGUUCCUCCCCCAAUUUCCGUUCGGACAGAUCUCAUUAAAUCCUUCUCUUCGAUCCUCCCCCCUUAAAAUUCGAACCCUAAUUUUCCAAACCCUAAAUCAUCUCCCAGUGAAGAAAAAAGCGCCCAAAUCCUAUUUAUACCCGUGGAUCCCAUCUAUAUUUCUUCCUGGAUCUUGAAUCCAUAGAGGAGUAAAGGGGAGAGAUGAGCGCGAAGGGCGGCUCGGGGGCGUCGCUGGCGACCGGGCGGCUGUUCACGCUGGGGCUGGUUGCGGCGUGGUAUUCGUCGAACAUCGGGGUGCUUCUUUUGAACAAAUACCUUCUGAGCAACUACGGAUUCAAGUACCCGAUCUUCCUCACCAUGUGCCACAUGGCAUCCUGCUCGCUGCUCAGCUACGUCGCCAUCGCCUGGCUCAAGGUCGUACCCAUGCAGACCGUCAGAUCCCGCAUCCAGUUCUUGAAGAUCUCGGCGCUCAGUCUUGUCUUCUGCGGCUCGGUCGUCAGCGGCAAUGUCUCCCUUCGCUAUCUCCCGGUUUCCUUCAAUCAGGCGGUCGGCGCGACGACGCCCUUCUUCACGGCGGUCUUCGCCUACGUUAUAACCGUCCGCCGGGAGGCCUGGAUCACUUACCUCACGCUUGUUCCUGUCGUCACCGGCGUCAUCAUCGCUAGCGGGGGAGAGCCAAGUUUUCAUUUGUUUGGGUUUAUUAUGUGCAUUGGUGCAACUGCUGCAAGGGCACUUAAGUCAGUGUUGCAAGGAAUUUUAUUAUCCUCUGAAGGGGAAAAGCUUAAUUCUAUGAAUCUCCUUCUGUACAUGGCUCCGAUAGCAGUAGUGUUCCUGCUUCCAGCAACAAUUAUUAUGGAGGAAAACGUGGUUGGCAUCUUAUUAGCGCUUGCCAGAAAAGAUUUCAAAAUUAUUUGGUAUCUGCUAUUUAAUUCUUCUCUGGCAUAUUUUGUGAAUUUGACCAAUUUCUUGGUCACCAAACAUACCAGUGCCUUGACUCUCCAGGUUCUGGGAAAUGCCAAAGGUGCUGUGGCCGUGGUUGUCUCAAUUUUAAUAUUUAAGAACCCAGUAUCUCUGAUAGGGAUGCUUGGUUAUACCCUCACAGUCAUUGGUGUCAUUCUUUACAGUGAAGCUAAGAAACGUAACAAAUAAGAAUCUCUGGUUGCUCCGAGCGUGUUCUGUUUCAUUCUAUGGGUGGCAACAACUUCGUGAUGCCUGGGGUUGGUUGGCAUGCUUUUAUUAUUUGUUCAUGUCAUGUGUUGCGCCUUAUUCUUUUUACAGAAACCGUACAAUGGUUUCCGUGCGGCUCCUACAAUGACCAACUAGUGAGUGUAGGUGAGAAGAAUCUCAAUAAAGAGCACUAAUAUGCCUUGAUUUUGCUACCAGGGGUCCGGAGGGUAUUCUCAACCCUCGUCUAAGAUAUGGAGAUUUUUUCAAGGAACUGGGAUCUGCUAAAAUUGGUCUGGUUUUCAAGGAACUGAGAUCUGUUGCUUUUUGAUUAAGUAACAAAAUGUGACAUUAUUUCAUUUUUCAUUUACAGAAGAUGUAGGCAUAAUGUUUUUGUUAUUUUAAGAAUGUGCUAUUGAAUACCGCUGAUACAAAAAUAUAAUGGAGAUGGUUGGGUUUUCUUA